AGAGGACUAGAGAUUUUCCAUGAAUUAACGUAAAUGUUUUUAAAGUUUAUUCGACCGUGACAGCUCCGUGAUAUCAGGCGUAAUCUGCGAGUGCGCGCAUCAGUGCGCGAGCACAGCUCUCAGCACCAAGGACAGCGGUCUCUCACAGAGCAUCAGGUCACCCUUGACAAAACCUUGACUACGAUUCACUCAAGAGCGGGAGAAGUGAAUGCAGAUGACUACAGCAUUACUGCAAUACUGAUUAUUCCACCUUCUCCAGAGAGAGAGAGAGACAGUGCAUAUGUGAGGCGACUAUCAACAGGAGCGAGCAUCAUUUCCCACAAAGGCGUGUUGAUGUGGUUCUUGAUUAUGAACGGGUUUCAAGAGCGGACUCAAUGAGUGAAGCUCAUUCCUCUGCGGAGUAGACUGAGGUGAUCGCAUUCCAGUGCUGCUGGAGAGGACGCAGUGACAGCGGAUCUGUCUAAUCAAAGCACAUCGACACGCAUCCUCCACGGGGCACUCAGCUUGACUCCUCUGCCAUCCAGGGCAAAAUGCGUCUGGUUCUGUUCGCUUUCCUCAUCUCGUGCUCCUGUGCGAGAGGCGGAUGCGAACCCAAGACUGUGAAUAUCGGGGCUGUCCUGAGCCAGAAGAGAUAUGAACAAGUGUUCAAAGACGCUGUCACCCAAGCCAACAACAUAUACGGCAAAGACAAGUUCAAGAUGAAUGCCAUUUCAGUCACCCAUAAGCCAAACGCGAUCCAGAUGGCACUCUCCGUGUGUGAGGAUCUCAUCUCUAACCAGGUGUAUGCGAUCUUGGUGAGCCACCCACCCCAGUCCAACGACCAUCUGACUCCCACUCCAGUGUCCUACACAGCUGGUUUUUACCGUAUCCCUGUAGUGGGCCUCACCACUCGCAUGUCCAUCUACUCCGAUAAGAGCAUCCACCUCUCCUUCCUGCGCACGGUGCCACCCUAUUCCCACCAAGCCCAAGUGUGGUUUGACAUGAUGCGUGAGUUCCAGUGGAAUCACAUCAUCCUGAUUGUGAGUGAUGACCAUGAGGGCAGAGCAGCACAAAAAAGACUAGAAACCCUGCUGGAGGAGAGGGAGACGAAGAAUAAAAACAGGAACUAUGAAAACCUCGACCAACUGUCCUUUGACAACAAGCGAGGACCCAAGGCAGAGAAAGUGCUCCUGUUCAGCCAAGACACAAAUCUGACGGCUCUGCUCCAGGAAGCCAAAGAGCUAGAGGCCCGAGUUAUCAUCCUGUCUGCAAGUGAAGACGAAGCUGCAGCCAUUUACAAAGCGGCACGCCAGCUCAAUAUGACAGGCUCUGGUUAUGUAUGGCUGGUUGGAGAAAGGGAGAUGUCUGGUAAAGCACUGAGUGAAGCCCCAGAUGGCUUGCUCGGCCUUCAGCUUAUCAAUGGCAAGAACGAGUCUGCGCACAUCUACGAUGCCGUGGCUGUGGUGGCCCAGUCCAUUCAGGAGCUCUUUGAGAAGGAGAAUAUCACAGAGCCUCCUCGAGGCUGUGUUGGCAAUACAAACAUCUGGAAGACUGGCCCACUCUUCAAACGAGUGCUGAUGUCAUCCAAGUAUCCAGAUGGCCUGACAGGCCGCGUGGAGUUUAAUGAUGACGGAGACAGGAGGUUCGCCCACUACAGCAUUCUGAACUACCAGAAAACCCGGCUUGUGCAAGUGGGCGUCUACAAUGGCUCACAAGUUGUAAUGAACACUCAGAGGAAGAUUAUUUGGCCAGGAGGAGAGACUGAAAAGCCAAAAGGCUAUCAAAUGUCAACACGAUUGAAGAUUGUCACCAUUCAUCAAGAGCCCUUUGUCUAUGUGAAACCAACACUACGAGAUGGAACAUGUAAGGAAGAGUACACUGUAAAUGGAGUCCUGAUCAAAAAAGUGAUCUGCACUGGCCCUAAUGAGACCAUUCCAGGUCGCCCCACAGUGCCUCAGUGUUGCUAUGGGUUCUGCAUUGACCUUUUAAUCAAGCUUGCAAUGACAAUGAACUUCACCUAUGAAGUGCAUCUAGUCGCCGAUGGCAAAUUUGGCACUCAGGAGCGUGUAAAUAACAGCAACAAGAAGGAGUGGAAUGGCAUGAUGGGAGAGCUCCUGAGUGGCUUGGCAGACAUGAUUGUGGCUCCACUUACAAUCAACAAUGAACGAGCCCAGUAUAUAGAGUUCUCAAAACCGUUCAAGUACCAGGGGCUCACAAUACUUGUCAAAAAGGAAAUACCACGCAGUACACUGGACUCGUUCAUGCAGCCUUUUCAGAGCACCCUGUGGUUACUGGUGGGUCUAUCGGUCCAUGUUGUGGCGGUGAUGCUCUACCUAUUAGACCGUUUCAGCCCGUUUGGAAGAUUUAAAGUAAAUAGUGAAGAGGAAGAAGAAGACGCCCUCACCUUAUCCUCUGCUAUGUGGUUCUCCUGGGGUGUACUUCUGAACUCCGGCAUUGGAGAAGGUGCCCCUCGGAGCUUUUCAGCAAGGAUUUUAGGUAUGGUGUGGGCUGGUUUUGCUAUGAUUAUAGUUGCAUCUUAUACUGCCAAUUUGGCAGCCUUCCUAGUGCUGGAUCGGCCUGAGGAGCGCAUUACCGGCAUCAACGACCCUAGGCUGCGAAACCCAUCAGACAAGUUCAUCUACGCCACAGUGAAGCAGAGCUCUGUGGACAUUUACUUCCGGCGCCAAGUUGAGCUAAGCACCAUGUACCGCCACAUGGAAAAGCACAACUACGAGAGCGCUGCUGAAGCCAUCCAGGCUGUGCGAGACAACAAACUCCACGCGUUUAUAUGGGAUUCAGCAGUGUUGGAGUUUGAGGCCUCGCAGAAAUGUGACCUGGUCACCACAGGCGAGCUAUUUUUCCGCUCUGGAUUUGGUAUCGGGAUGCGUAAAGACAGCCCAUGGAAGCAAAAUGUCUCACUGGCCAUCCUCAGUUCCCAUGAGAAUGGCUUCAUGGAGGACUUGGAUAAAACCUGGGUCCGUUAUCAGGAGUGUGACUCCAGAAGCAAUGCACCAGCCACACUCACAUUUGAGAAUAUGGCAGGCGUGUUUAUGUUGGUGGCUGGUGGUAUCGUUGCCGGGAUCUUCCUCAUCUUCAUUGAGAUUGCAUACAAACGACACAAGGAUGCGCGCAGGAAGCAGAUGCAGCUGGCUUUUGCAGCAGUUAACGUCUGGAGGAAGAACUUACAGGAUAGGAAAAGUGGUAUAGCAGAACCCGACCCCAAAAAGAAAGCCUCUUUUAGGUCCAUCAGUACCAACCUGGCCUCCAACAUCAAGAGACGUAGGUCGUCCAAAGACACGCCAUAUCCUACGGACAUUACCGGCCAGCUCAACCUGUCAGACCCCUCUGUGAGCACAGUGGUGUGAAAGUGGAGAGAGAAAGAGAAUUUGAAUGCAGAAAGAAAGAUAGAGAGACUGGAAAAGCAGGAUGGUGGGCUCUGAAACAGACAUCUUCAGCACCGUCAUUUGAGCAAAAUCCACCCCGUCUCAGCAUAUGCACGCUGGAUAUAAAACUUUCAUGGACACACUGUGCCAGAUUCAACCACACUGGAACAAAUUCACACUGCCACACAUUUCACACUAGACUAACACAGACACACACACACAAAGUGCUUCACUUUUUACAGUUUUUUGCACAUAUCUAAAACGCUUUUUUUUUUUUUUUUGUGAAAUAUGUAAAUAUAUAUAAUUAUGUUUCAUACAGUACUCAUGUAACAUAUGUCUUUCUACCUCCACUUAAGAUACAUGUAGCUCAUCUCAACACUUUGGUAGUGUUUUGGUGUUUUUCUCAUUUGAAAAGAGCAAACACAGACCAUAACUUUAACUUCUUUGUAUUUAGUUUCGAAAAAGUAGAUUAGGGUAGAAAUUGUUUUGCUAUAAAUAUUACAGUAGGUGAAAGUUUGGCACAUUUUGAUCAUUGUUGCACUUUGCUGUACACUUUGUUUCUUAAUAUGCGAUUCUCUCCCUUCACUGCCGUUUUCAAAACACGCUACUGAAGUGGUCCAGGUUGCUUUGGGCAUAUACUUUGGAUCUCUUCUCGCUACUUUGUUUACUAAUUUAUGUUUUUAAUCUUUUGUACGAUAAAUAAUUCCUUUUUGGAUGAGAAUAUCGGCAUAUAAUAUGGGGUCUAUCCAGACAGGGGCUAAAUGUAGCAGGUCUGACCUUGUUUAUCAGAAAAGUUUAAAGACAAACCUUGAAACGAAUGAAAGGAACCCGUUUAUGAUCAAGAGUGGCGUAGAUGUAAUGAAGCAGAUAUUAUUACAGGAUCUUUUGAGUUUAAUUUUGAACCUUGCUUGAAAUUCUCUGUAAUAAUUUCUGUAUCAUUGUGUGAGCUGGUAGCUGGCAUCUGUUUGCUACCACACUGGGGACCUUUCCUCGUUUAUAUAUAUUUCAUGUCAUUAUAAUAUAUGAGCAGUAUUUAUAUUAUGUAAUAAUAACACUAGAUGCUAUUUCCAUUGUUUGUCGUCAAGCUUUUGCUCUGUGGACUAGUUAAAUGGUUACCAGCAAAAGUGGUAAUUUAUUAUACAAGUCGGUUGUCUUUUUCUGUGGGCUUUUAAAAGCAUACUGACCAAUAAUAGACAUAUUAGAUCAUUGUAUAUUGAUAUAGAUUACUGUACAUCGUUUGUCUCAAUCAGUCCGAGGGCUUUGCUAACUAUUGUGAAAAGUUUAGAAUGUGAACUCUGCGGACUGUAACUGUAACAGUAAGUUAUGGAGCUAUUUUAUAAGAUGAACACAUUAAUAUGAGGACGAUAUAUGUUUUAGAUUAAAACUGAGAGUUUUUAAUAGAAAAAUAUUAGAUUCAUAGUUCAGGGUUUGGUUGCCUUUCCUUGAAAAUGUUAUGUUGGGUUGGGUUCAGAAAAGUGUCUGAAGUCCAGUUUUACUGUGAACAUGACUGUGAACUGCUUGUGAAUUUCGUUAUGAAGCGUGUGACACAUUAAGCAGAUACACAUAUUCUCUAGAUUCAUAAUUAUCAAUACAUAGAAAACAAUAUGCUUCCAUAUGCAACCGCUGUGUCCAUUAAGCUAAUAUUUGAUCACAUAAUUGGAAUCAAUGUGGUGAAAACUCACAACACUGGCAGGAAUAAAUUAAAUUGUGCAGCCUGAAGUACUUGUGAGGCUCAAGAGGAAGCACAUCUUUGACAAACAAAGCAAUGUAACCUGUCCCAUUCACUGUUUUAUGCAAACAAGCAUUUUUUUUAAAAGCUUUAAGAUAUUGCAAUCUGUUUUCACAAUACUUCUCGACCACCAAAUGUGCUUUUGAUGAUUAUUCCAAUACUGUUUGUGUAAAAAAAUAUGUAUGUUUAAAAAAUGUAUAACUGCUACACUCCAGUGUGCCAAUAAAGAAGUAUCAAAUAAAAAUGAAAACAAACCUGGAUUGA